AUUCAAAUGAUCUACUAGCACAAAUCUUCCUAAGCCAACAAUUGAUUGAACUAAAGCUCUAGACAACCAUUUAAAUACUGGUGUGACGUACAAAGAUUUCCAAUAACCAUUUAAUUCUGAUGCUGGUUUUUAGAAAGAGCUACAUUAUCAACCCUGCACAACAAUGCAAGAGUUUGUUGGCCUUAGAGUUUUGCAAAACUACAUUGUCCACAAAAACAGUGGGAACUACAAGAAGCUCUGUGAACUAGUUAUCUUCAAUUUAGGAGUAAAUAGACCUGAGUUUCAUUUUUAUCAACCUGGAACCUGUCAUGAAGUCAGUCAAAAUCGAAUAAGAAUGAAGCUUCAAGUUUUCCUCGUGUUAGGUUGGAUAGCAUUUUGUUCCGCAGAUAAUUUACUCGAAGAGUUAAUAGAGGAACUUGCACGUGAGCUAGAUUUAAAAAUGAAAAGUAAUGAAGGCGAUAGUUCUGAUAAAAUUGCAACAAAAACGUUUUGCAACAAUGUUGGCUUAAGCUGUAAACCUUGUUCACUUUGCCACCCUUACGGAUUGUGUGUUACAACGCCGAUGGGAAGCGUAAAAUGUGUUUGUGAAUACGGACGAACAGGACCAAGAUCGUACUACCAUAAUCAAACUGAAGGGAUGAAUCGAAUCAUUGCAGACAAUUGCGAUAAAAAGUGUUACUACACUCGCAUAUUUAGAAAUCCGACUUGUGUCCUUUCUUAUCAAGAAAAUUUGACUUGUAAUAAAACAAAAUGCGAAUCUACUGGUAGAGGUAAAUGUGUCGGUGAUCAAUGUUUAUGCCAUCGUGGUUGGACAAGUUCAAUUAAAGGAAGGUUUGACCAUAAACUCGGAAAAUUUUUUACUAACGAAACCUGCGAUAAAGAAUGCCCCGAUCUUGGAUUUGGAAUUCCAAAUCCACAAUGUUUACCGCAAAAAAUAUUACCGAGCCUUUGUCAUAAAGAUUGCGGUAAAAAUGACGGACGAUGCGAUAACUUAACCGGGCGUUGUAUAUGUGUUGAAGGUUGGACGGGAAUGAAUGCUCGUUUUGAAGAAAGCGGACACAUUUCCACGUCAAAUACAUGUGAUGUUUAUUGUCCUUACACAAUUUUGAAAAGAAACAUGCUAUGUGUGAAUCCAGACUAUAUCGAGAGAUCUCGCCUAAAAUCCAAAUAUUGAAAUAUUAUCUUAGAUUAAAAUAAUUUUAUUUUUGCAGUUCGGUAAAAUAUUUAUUUAAAAAAU